CCCUGGCCCCCCACCCCGUUUGCCCGCCUCUGGCCUUCCAGAUGUUCCUUGUCAUCAGGUUGACACAGGAGGCUGACUUUGACCCUGCCACUGCUAGAAGAGCGAAUGCCCGGGCCUCGGUUCCUCCGCUGUGUGUGUGCGCGUGUGUGUUCCUUGCCUCACCUGAUUUUGUGGAUCAGUUCCACAUAGAGAAAAAGGGAAAGGGGACGGACAUUUGUGGAGUUUCUGCAGGGCCAAGGAGACACCUGCUCUGCCACGUUUAGUCUUUAUCUGAUGUUAUUCCUGUGUCACAGACUCCUGAGCUCACUGGGGGUGCUAACCGCCUGUCCCUUGGUGAAUGAGGAGCAGACCCGAGUGUUGGGCUCCCAAGAGCGGUUCUGGUCAGACAUUCCCUGCCGGGUCUGGACUCUGGAAGGAACUGUGUGGCUUCAGGCAAACCCCACACCUCCAGCACUGCUUCCUCCUGUCGGAGAAUGGAGAAUUCUCUCUCCUGCCUUCUGAUAGCUGGCUGCCGGGGCCUGAAUGUCAUCAGAAGCAAAAUGCUGUGGACAUCUUGGGGAAUCCAGAGCUUUGGAUUCUGAUCCUGGCUCUGCUAGCUAGAACGGCCUGUGUGGCUCUGGCGGCAUCACCUCUUCACCUCGGCCACGCUAGGCUUUGCAUCCAUGGGGGGUCAGUGCCUCUUGCAGGCUUUAUGUGGCUCACCUUUCCCCCCCCUGUCUUCUAGCCGCCUCUCCCUGGAGGCCCAGCUGCCUUUGCUCCCCAUGGGCAGCUGCCAAGCAGGGCACAACGUGCAGCUGUGUCUGGCGCACCACCCGCCCCUGGUCUGUGCCACCCUGAUCCUGCUGCUGCUCGGCCUCUCUGGCCUGGGACUUGGGGGCUACCUCCUCACCCACCGGAGCAGCCUGCGCAGCCCGGACAUCCCUCAGGACUGGGUCUCCUUUCUGAGGUCUUUUGGCCAGCUGACCCUGUGCCCCGGGAAUGGGACAGCCACAGCACAACGGCCAGGCUCUCAUGUUGUAGGCUUACUGACCACGUUGACUUUUGGGGAUGAUCCAGGCAGGAACAAGACCCAGACAUUCCAAGCCAGCAUCCCAGGCCGGCAAGUGGGAUUGAAAGGGUCUUCUGCGGAUGAGUCCAUCCUCAUCACAGCCAAGGUGAUCCCAGGAAGGACCCCAGGAACCUGCCUGUAUUUUAAUGCGGGUGCAGGAAUCCUGCCCUCCAGCCAGCCACCCAUGCCCUGCCCCGAGGAAGCAGCAGGCAAUGGCAGCGUGAGUCCUCGGGUGAGGCAGGAGUGUGUCCACAUCUGGAGCCACGAAGGCCUGGUGCUCACCAAGCUGCUCACCUCGGAGGAGCUGGCCCUGUGCGGCUCCAGGCUGCUGGUCCUAGGCGCCUUCCUGCUCCUCUCAUGCGGCCUGCUCUGCUGUGGCACUGCCGUGUGCUUCCACCCGCGUCGAGAGGCCCACUGGUCCAGAACCCACCUCUGAGGGUGCUGUCCUCCUUCCUGCCUGGUUCCUAGGUGUAGAUGAGCUUCUUGGAUCUUGGUUCUGAGUUGGAAGAUACAGAAAAUGAAGAACUGGAAUGUGGGAAGGGGGAAGAAUAAAAGGGUUUUUUUUUUUUUUCCCCAUUCUUGGCUUAGGUACUUAUUGGGGAUGGGCUGACGUGGAAAUUACAGUGUAAACAGGAUUGGCAAACUUCUGGUUGAUGCUAAUUUUUGCUACAGAUUACAUUAGGUUGGGAGCUACCUUUAGCUCCUCCAUGAUUGGGAUCGGCUUUUGGAAAACCAGCAGAUGGUUUUGGUCCCAGGCUUGCCACUUUAGGUCUUGUUCCCUUCCUUCCUUCCUGUCUUAAGAUUUAUUUUAUUUCUUUGAAAGGCACAGUGACAGGGAGAUACAGAAAAAAAGAUCUUUCAUCCCCUGGUUCACUCCCCAGAUGUCUCCAACAGCCAGGAGCCAGGGACUUCAUCCAGGUCUCCCACAAGAAUGGCAGGGGCCCAAACACUUAGGCGUCUUCCACCACCUUCCCUGGAGUAUCAGCAGGGAGCUGAAUCAGAGGUGGGGCAGCCAGGACUGAAACCGGCACUCUGGUAUAGGAUACAGGUGUUGAUUAUUUCUUCCAUAAAAUAAGAUCGAUCUUACUA